AUGUCUUCCACAGAAUGGGUGGAGAUCAUCGAGCCCAUCACCAAAGUGCACAUGUACGCCAACCUCACCACUGGAGAAUGUGUCAAAGAAAGACCACCGGGGAAAGUCAAAAAGAUGGACGAAAACCAGUGGUGGGAGUUAUUUGAUCGUGAAAAUUCUCGCUUUUACUACUACAAUGCAGCAAGUCAAAGAACAGAAUGGCACAAACCACAGAAUUGUGAUAUCAUUCCAUUGGCAAAACUUUGGACCCUGAAACAGAAUACUGAGGUUCGUGAUAAUGAAGAUAACAAAAUUCACAUCAAAAAAGAAUCUGUAUCUACUCAAACAACUAAUAGAGGGAUCGGUGUUGAUGGCUACAUUCGGAUUACAAAGCCUCCCAUGUGCACAGUCUCCACACAAACUAGUCCAACAGCUUCUCCCCGAGAUACUUGCAGGAACCAUCAUAGACAUCAUCAUCAUCGGCAUGCUUCCAGUCCAUCAGCAGGUUUAUAUUCAUCUCGUAGUCCUUCCUACAGUGAAGAUGUAACAGUUCCAGAAGUACGAAGGGAUGGGCAGUACCAACCUCAAAAUUCUAAUUCAUAUUCCAGUCGUUCUAAUGAUUAUGGGCGCUUACAACCUUCCCCUAUGAAUCCACCAUCUCAUGUUGGUCACAGGAAACAUGAUUCCUGUUGCUCAUCUGAUAGCAUUGGUUCUUCUUUUUCACAAAAAACACAAGAUCACAGUCCUGAACAAAAUGGGCACACGUUUGAUUCUCGUUCAAACCAAAAGUCCUUAGAAUCUAGUAGACGUCAUCGUUCCCUGGAUCAUGAACGCGGAACCACCAGCACUUCCUGGAAGCACCAUAGUAUAGACGAUCAAGGAAAUAUUGCUCGUACUGCCCCCUCUAGGAUCAACGAAGCUCCUAAACCACAACCGCACCGUAAACAUCGCAGUGAAGAUCUGUCUCCCAAAACCAAUGUGUUUUCUGCAUUUCCUCAGUCCGAGAGCUGGGCCACUGACACAAACCGCACUCCAGCAAACACCAGAAAUCAGUGGUCUCACAGUACUUCUGAUUCUAGCACAUCUAGUCCUCAAAGUCCUCCCAUUGUGCCAAGCCGAGAAGUUCAAGUCAUACGAAGUGAAGACGGUAGUCUCUUUGCAUUUAGUGAUGUGCCACAUGGCUCAAGUGAUAGUUCACCGCAGUCUUUGGAUUCGGCCCGAGGUUUAGACAGCAGCUUUGUUUCGCAAAGUAGUUUGAUGUCCUUGGACAGUCAGCAGAAAAGUGUAUCGGAAUCUGCAACAUCACCAAACCUGAGGCAACUUCAGAUGGCUCCCAAAGUAACACCGUAUGACAAAGAACAGAUUCGUGGUAAACUCCAUCAUGUCCAAGACAGCAGAGAAAUGCCAAGUUCAUACUACCAUUCUAGUGCAAUAUCUCAUGAGCCAAAAGCAAAUGUUAUGAAUAACUCUUUUCGGCAAAACGAGCAGCCGACUCCCUUGUACAGUAACCUUGAUUACCCCUCCCUUUGGGACUCCCAAGCUGACAGCCAAACAUACCUACUACCCCUUCAGCAUUACCUACUAGAGCAAGCCAAGUUGUCAGGUUAUCAGUUUGGAGAUUUCAUUGGUGAUGAUUUAGACUCACUUUCCCAAAGUGAUGACGAUUCUGAUGGUCAUAGGGAAGAAGAUGAUGAUUUUGCUGAUGAUGAAGCAAUGAGUCAUCAAGAUUCUUCAUCUCAAGAAUAUUUAGAUGAUGUAAGAUACUUUGAUGAAGAUGAGGAUGAAGUAUAUUGUGAGCCACCUCCUAAUUUCCAAGAAACUGAUGCUAGUCACUUAAGUAGCACUCGACAUUCAUCAUUGAGGAGAAAGAAUACAAAUUUAAUUCCUAGUCAUUCACCAUUAUUAGACAAAUCACAGUCUUUCCAGCCCGAAUCCAUGCAUGGACAAAUCCCCCGACCACUUUCUAUGUUGGCAACAACCGAUGCAUCUGCAAGCAUUGAUCAAGUAUCUGCAUUGCAAAGACAGGUGGGAUCAGUUGGUGGUAACAAUACAGGAAAAGAAAAGAAACAAUCAACUGAAAGUGAUAUUGAGAAAUAUGCCCAAGAUAACUUAAAUCGCCAUAAGAAAGGAAUCUUUAGAAAAAAAUUUACCAUUCAAGAUAUGCUUUCAUGGUCUAAGGAUCCAAUCCGCAAGCCAAUGAUAAUGACAACAGACAAAUCUCUUAAACGAGACGCUUGUGAGCUAUUCAAAUUGACUCAGACGUACAUGGGUGAUAGAAAAACCAAGAGUGGACAGACCAUAGAAGCUGUUGUCUUGGAAAUUGCGACUAAAGGCUGGAGUAGGCAAUCAGUUAGAGAUGAGCUUUUUGUACAGAUCUGUCGUCAGAUUACGGAUAAUCCCAGGAGGGAGAGUCUCAUACUAGGCUGGGAGCUGAUGGCGAUUUGUCUGAUGUUCUUUCCUCCCUCUGUUAAAUUUCAACCUUAUCUAGAAGGAUUUAUCAACAGGCAUAAAGAUACUGCAUUCGAUUCCCCUGAUUUCAAACUCAGUCAUUAUGCUGCCGUUUGUAGUAAACGCCUCGAAAGGAUAGCCAAAAGUGGUGCCAAGAAAGGAUUACGCAAGCCUACUUUUGAAGAAAUUGAGCAAUCAAGGAUUCAAAUCUUUAGGCCUUCCAUGUUUGGCAAUUUAUUGGAAGAAGUUAUGGCAUUGCAAGAGAACAAGUAUCCAAAUCGUUCCUUACCAUGGAUACAAACCACCUUAUCAGAAGCAGUUUUGAAACUAAAUGGUGCACAGACAGAGGGAAUAUUUCGAGUUCCUGGAGAUAUUGAUGAAGUCAAUGCCAUGAAACUCCAAAUUGACCAGUGGGAAGUGCCGGAAUGCAAUGAUCCUCAUGUACCUGCUUCUUUGCUGAAGUCAUGGUACAGGGAAUUGUAUGAGCCUCUCAUUCCAACUGAUUUUUAUGAAGAGUGCAUUCAGUUUUGCUUAGACCCCGAAGCUGCCGUAGCUAUCGUUCAAAAGUUGCCAGAGAUCAAUAGGCUUGUCUUAUCAUAUUUAGUUCGAUUUUUACAAGUGUUUGCUGCGGAACAAAAUGCAACUGUAACUAAAAUGGAUGCUAGUAAUCUUGCAAUGGUAAUGGCACCCAACUGUUUGCGUUGCAUGUCGAAUGAUCCAAGAGUCAUUUUUGAAAACACGAGGAAAGAGAUGGCUUUCAUCAAAAUGCUCAUUGAGAAUUUGGAUACUACUUACAUGGAGGGUGUUAUGUAAAAUUUUGAAAGUUAUACUUGUUCACUCACUCAUCAGAUAUUAUCUUGU